AUGUUCUUCAACAAGGUGCUUACUGGGGGACGCACGGGGGAUGCACGGGAAGCAGACCCGGGAGCGGGGCUACAAAUUUACAUUGCCAAGAUGAAGCUCGAGAAUGAUUUUAUUUCAUUAACCACUAAACCUGUGUGUUUUUGUUUUGUUCUUUAGGGCUGCAGAGUCCUGGUUGAUGCACGGGACAAACUAGGGAUCCCUUGGGAGUUCUCGGAGAAUGAGAAGCACGGGAUGUUUCUAAUGGCCUUUGAAAGCAAAGCCGGGAUGCCCAUCGAACCUUCCACGUUCCAGUUGUACGUACCUGCCCUGAGUGGCCUGUGGAAGGAUUCUGGAAUUAAGGAGUCUUUUAGCCGUCGGAGUGAAUAUCAGCUGGGUGAAUCGAUAAAAUAUUUCCUGGAUAAUCUGGACCGGAUUGGUCAACUGAACUACUUUCCCAGCAAGCAAGACAUUUUGCUGGCCAGAAAAGCGACCAAGGGCAUUGUGGAACACGACUUCAUCAUCAAGAAGAUUCCUUUCAAAAUGGUUGAUGUGGGCGGACAGCGCUCUCAGCGUCAAAAGUGGUUUCAGUGCUUUGACGGGAUAACGUCCAUAUUGUUCAUGGUCUCCUCCAGUGAGUACGAUCAGGUCCUCAUGGAAGACCGGCGCACCAACAGACUGGUGGAAUCCAUGAACAUCUUUGAGACCAUCGUCAACAACAAGCUCUUUUUCAACGUGUCCAUCAUCCUGUUCCUGAAUAAAAUGGACCUCCUCGUGGAGAAAGUGAGGAGCGUCAGCAUCAAUAAGUACUUCUCAGACUUCAGAGGCGACCCCCAUAGGCUGGAAGACGUUCAGCGUUACUUGGUGCAGUGUUUUGACCGGAAGAGGCGGAAUCGCAGCAAGCCUCUUUUCCACCACUUCACCACAGCCAUAGACACUGAGAACAUCCGCUUUGUGUUCCACGCCGUGAAGGAUAUGAUCCUUCAGGAGAACCUUAAGGAUAUCAUGUUGCAGUGAAGGAAAACUGCCUUCCUUCUAUCCGAAUCUACUCUAGUCAUAGGCCAAAAAAUACUACACGUGUGUGGUUCUUGGAAUGGGUUUGUGAAACAAACAAGAAGGUGUCGUUUACUUAGCUCAAGGAAGCUGCGAAGUAACCAGUCUGUGAAAGCGGAUGAGCUGCUGGAUUUUUAACUGAAAACACUACUGAAAAAAGUGGCUAUUUUAAGUGCAGUGCCUUCUUUUGAACACUGAAUGAUGCUACCACCUUCUGCCUUUCACAAAAAAAAA